AGGCAUCAUCUAAAGAGUUUGAUGCUGUCUAUCGCUAAAGGCUUACUGGAGGAGGAAGAAAGGGAGCGGGAGGAAGAGAGGGAGAGGUACAUGGAUGAGAGCUGCCCUCCUCUGUCCAUGCCCAGAACCAUGCAGGAGCUCCAGGAGCUGUGCAGGGAGAUCCACCAUAAGGUGGACGCAGCCGACGAGGAGCGAUACGACCUGGAGAUGAAAGUCAACAAAGCCAACAAAGAGAUAGACGACUUGAAGAUCAAAGUUCAGGACGUGAUGGGCAAGUUCAAGAAGCCGGUGCUGAAGAAGGUGCGCAUGUCCGCGGACGCCAUGCUGAAAGCUCUGCUGGGCUCCAAACACACCGUCAACCUGGAGCUGAGGGCCAACCUGAAGCAGGUCAAGAAGGAAGUCAAAGAAGAGGAAAAGGAACUUCGGGAUGUCGGCGACUGGCGCAAAAACAUUGAGGACAAAUCUGGCAUGGACGGAAGGAAGAAGAUGUUUGAGGCUGAUGCUUAA